AAAGGCUUUUUAGUAAACCUAUUGAUAGAUUAGUCCAUAAUGCCUCCAAAGUUCGAUCCAUCUGAAGUUAAGUACCUUUACUUGAGAGCCGUCGGUGGUGAAGUCGGUGCUUCCUCCGCCUUGGCCCCAAAGAUUGGUCCAUUGGGUUUGUCCCCAAAGAAGGUUGGUGAAGAUAUCGCCAAGGCCACCAAGGACUUCAAGGGUAUCAAGGUUACCGUCAAAUUAACAAUCCAAAACAGACAAGCUACCGCUUCUGUUGUUCCAUCUGCCUCUUCCUUAGUCAUCACUGCCUUGAAGGAACCACCUAGAGAUAGAAAGAAGGAAAAGAACGUCAAGCACUCUGGUAACAUUCCAUUAGAAGAAAUCUUCGACAUUGCUAGACAAAUGAAGGAAAAGUCCUUCGGUAAGACCUUGGCCUCUGUUUCUAAGGAAAUCUUAGGUACUGCCCAAUCCGUUGGUUGUCGUGUUGAAGGUAAGAACCCUCACGACAUCAUCGACGCUAUUAACGCUGGUGAAAUUGAUGUUCCAGAAAACUAAAUUAAUUUAUGUACAAAAGUGUUUUAAUAGGGUUUAAUUGAUAUUUUACGUUCUAG